AUGGAGCUUCACAAAGAUACCUUUCAGUCAUCAUCGUCAACCGAAAUCGAAUCACGUACACUUACACCGAGUCCUCUGGAACAGAACCAUGCCACCAACUCCCCGUCACCAGAUCGAGACACCACCGCCUCCUCCAGUCGCACAUUCAAGGGCGACCUCGUCAUUCUGCCAAACCCGCAAGCCCGCAUCAGCCCUAUACGCGCCUCACUCAGGGACCCAAGCCAACACACUCUCCACCUCUUCACAGACGCCUCAUUCCCCGCGACCGGUCCCUCGACGCCAUCACUACCAGCCGGCGCCGCUGUCUUCUGGAAGCCAUGGCCGUGUAUAGACCCCAUCGACCCGUGGCACUCGCGCGCGUUCCAGAUCCUCGCAUGCCGCAACUCCCACCAAGCGGAGCUCUACGCCGUAGUGGCGGCCCUCGAGACGGCGACGCUGCUGUCCCGUCUGAUGCCGGAACUGAAACGGGUGACGAUCUUCUCCGACUGUCAAGCCGUCAUGCAGACACUCGCCGUAGCGGAAGGAGGGCACACCACCACCUCGGAUCCCCUCGUCAGGCGCGCCUUUGAAGCGUGCGACCUUUUGUGGAACGACGGAAACAUCAGAGUCGCUGUGUGCUGGUGUCCCGGUCACGCCAGAAUCGUUGGCAACGAAAAGGCUGACGAGCUAUCGAAAGAGAUCCGACGGUACAACUUUAGGCACCUGGUCCCGAAAGAGCAGCCCACGCGCGUGAGCGGGUACGAGAUUCCGUUCAAGUAUCUCGAGAGGGCACGCCGCGGGCACUGGUGGAAGGAUGAGGCUGACUUUGAGUGGACGGCGAAUAUGCCUCGCAAGCGGUUUUAUCCGGUGGCUGUUAGUAGCGGAUGCGGCGAGGAGGCCUGUGAAGUGGCAUACGACGGCGAGGCAUAUGAUGAAGCCUUUGAAGAUGAGGACUAUGAAGAUGAAACUUACGACGAUCAAAUUUACGACGACGAGGACGACGACGAUGAAGACUACGACGAUGAAGACUACAAUUACGACGCCGACGACGAGUUCUCCGACAAUGAGGCAUUUGCAACCCUCUCGUCGUAUAGCUACUCCUCAGCUACGCAAAGCCAAACAAGAAAGCGCAGGCGUUCGGCGUCAGACCUACCAGAGCAUCCCUACAAGAGACAAAGGACAGGCCGACCCGAGCACGGCAUCAAGCAGUCAAGAACACUGGGAUGGUCUCCGACUCCAGUCUGA